AGACUGUGUUACAUAGAUAAAGGUGUUUCAGCAUUUGCUAUUGACUGGAUACAUCAACAUAUCCUUUGGGCUAAUAAACAGAAAGCAAUCAUUGAAGUGACAGACACCAAUGGGAAAAAACGCCGUGUUCUUUUAAGAGAUGCUGGUCAUCCCACAAGGAUUACCAUUGAUGCUGAGCAAAGAGUAUUAUUUUGGUCUUCAGAUGAUACUGUUUCCAUCAUAUACCGAGUAUCCCUUGAUGGAAGUGAUAAGAGGAGUAUUUUAAGAACAACAGGAAAAAUAAAUGCCAUCUCGUUGGAUUUGAUUGACCUAAGGCUCUACUGGAUUCAACAUGACCAUGAGAAAGAAAUUUCCCAUAUUGGAUCAUGUGAUUAUGAUGGUGGGGCUGUUCGCUUGCUCAAAAACUCUUUUCGACAUCAAUUGCUUGGUAUGUCUGUCUUUGCUGACCACCUCUACUACUCAGAGUCGAAAUCUGGUAUGAUAUGGAGAGCCAACAAGUAUACUGGGAAAGUUGUAGUCACAAUUAGCCUGAAACGAUCGCUUUUUCCACCAGCGGAGAUAAAAGUGGUGCAUCCUUUCAAACAGCCAGGUGCAAGAGAAGAUUCUCAUGAUUUUGAAAAAGUAUCCUGUGAUCUGCACAAAGAAAAGUGCAGAAGGAGAAUCUGCAGGACAGACUCAAGGACUCAUCGGUGUAAAUGUUCUAGUGGCUUUAUUUUGAGUCGAAAUAGACAGUUUUGUGAAGAUAUCAACGAAUGUGGCUUUUGGAAUCAUGGCUGCACUUUGGGUUGUGUGAACAUCCCUGGUUCCUAUUACUGCACCUGCCCGAGAGGUUUUGUUCUGCUGCCUGAUAGGAAAACAUGUCAUGAGCUAAUUUCCUGUGUAAGUAACGUCACCAAAUGUAGCCAUGGGUGCGUUCAGACAUCCAAAGGGCCUGUUUGCUUUUGUCCUGAAGGAUCUGUACUCAAAGUGGAUGGCAAAACAUGCACAGGUUGUACAUCUCCAGAUAAUGGUGGCUGCAGUCAAAUAUGUUCUUCUUUAAGCCCAUCCUCCUGGGAGUGUGCUUGUUUUCCUGGAUAUAAGCUGCAGCAGGACAGGAAGCACUGCACUGCUAUAGGACCUAAGCCAUUUUUGUUAUUUGCAAGUGGCCAAGACAUCCGCCGAAUCAGUUUUGAUGGAACAGAUUAUGCAACUUUACUUGACUGGCAGAUGGGAAUAGUCUUAGCACUGGACUCUGACCCGGUUGAAAAUAAGGUUUACUUUGCCCACACUGCCUUGAAAUGGAUAGAACGAGCUAAUCUGGAUGGCUCAAAUCGUGAAAAAGUUAUUCAUGAAGCUAUAGAUAUACCUGAAGGGCUUGCCGUGGACUGGAUUAAUCGUAAAUUGUAUUGGACAGACAGAGGGAAGGCGUGCAUCGAAAGGAGCAAUUUGGAUGGAAUGCAAAGAAAAAUGAUCAUCUGGGAGGAUGUUUCCCAGCCCCGAGGGAUUGUCAUUCACCCGUUUGCUAAGAGGUUAUUCUGGACUGACAUGGGCAUCAAUCCCCGAAUUGACAGCUCCUCGCUAGAAGGUGUUGACCGUCAGGUUAUAGCCAGCACUGGUCUGGUGUGGCCUAGUGGAAUAGCUCUUGACUACUUAGCUGACAAGUUAUACUGGUGUGAUGCUAAGCAGUCGGUUGUUGAGAGCGCAAAUCUGGAUGGUUCUGACCGUCGAAUUCUUGCACAGAAUGAUGUAGGCCGUCCCUUUCAUGUAGCAGUUUUUGAGGAUCACCUUUGGUUUUCUGACUGGGCCAAGCCGUCGCUAAUGAGAGUGGAUAAGAAGACAGGCCAAAACAGGGUACGUCUUCGAGGCAGCAUGCUGAGACCCUCAUCAAUGGUUGUAGUUCAUCCUCUGGCAAAACCAGGGACAAAUCCUUGCCUCCAUGAGAAUGGAGGCUGUGAUCAGAUCUGUGAAAACAGUUUUGGAGUUGCUAGUUGUUUGUGCCGUCGAGGAUUUGGAAAAGCUCAAGAUGGAAAAACCUGUCAUGCACUGAAUGCUUCUAACAAAAUAGCAGGCAAUGUCUUUGUGCAUAAGGAGGCAGUGCCAGUGCCAACACUUAAGACCUCACUCCAGAGCACACAACAUAGUGGAAUAUUCAAGGAUGCCGAAAGUGGGGAAAAGCAACAAAUCAAUAUUUUGUUGAUGGCUGAAAUCAUGAUAUCAGAUCAAGAUGACUGCUCUGCUCUAGAAUGUGAUGUCAAUGCAGAGUGUGUUUUGCUGGAAGAUGGAGCCGUGUGCCAAUGUUUGAAAGGGUUUACCAGGAGGGGCAAAUUCUGCUAUGAUGUCGAUGAAUGUGCUGUAAAUAUGGACCGCUGUAAUCGAAAUGUGUCAGGCUGUAUCAAUACUGAAGGGGGCUACGUCUGCAAGUGUCUGGAGGGAUACACUGGAGAUGGACUCCAUUGCCACGAUAUUGAUGAAUGCAAGAUGGGGUCCCACGUCUGUGAAGAGAACAAAGCCUGCAUAAAUACAGAAGGAGGCUACACUUGCUCUUGCACUGGUGAUGUUUCUGGAACUGGCAUCAGCUGUGAAUCUACUGCAUCUCCUACUACUGUCAACAAUGAAGACUCUACGUACUCUGUGCAAGGUGACUUUGUAGGUUGCCCGGCUUCAUAUGACUCAUACUGCCUUCAUGGUGGAGUGUGCAAUUACGUUCCUGAUCUACAAGAUUAUGCCUGCAACUGCGUGACAGGCUACGUAGGGGAGCGCUGUCAGUUCAGCGAUUUGGAGUGGUGGGAGCAGCGGAACAUAACCAUUGCAGUCUGUGUAGCAGCUGUGCUCUCUCUGCUCCUGCUGGGAUCCCUGACUGCCUACUGCUACAGAAAUAGAAACUUUUAUAAGAAGAAUCUCUAUGCAGAAGCGAUAAGAGAUGGCAGCAGCCGCGCUGACAGUGAGAACGUGACACCUACUUGCAACAAGCCUCGGUUUGCAGUUGUCAUGGAGUGUAACAGCUCUCUGGAGACUGAUGUGGUUGACCCAUCUGAGUUUCAAACUGCAGAUAUUCAUCCUGUUUGUUCUUCGCAAUAUGUAGAAGAACAGCAUGUAACAUAUGACACAGCAGAAGAGACUUUGGCAGAAGAGAAAAGACAACAAGGCUGCCGACAAGAGGUUUCUGGUGGUAAGAAAUCACCUCAGCCCGGGGUGGCUGAGAAGAGCCCUCACGGGGAUCCCUGGAGUGUCCGUUAUAACCCUCUUCUGGAAAGGGAAUCAUGCGAACUUGCCCCUGCCAGUCUACUGAUGCAGCCAGACUAGCAAUAGUCUGGGUUGAGUUGAAAAAAGGCAGCAUGAAAUCAGCAGAAAAUGGGAAUUUGUGAAACACUGAA